GGAAGCGGGUCCGCGGCGGUCAGGGGGGGCGCGUGCAGGGCGCCCGGGCGCUUCGGGUCCGGCGCGGAGGAUGUCCGCCUCUCUGGAGCUGCGGUCGCGGGAGGAGAAGGACGCCGAGCUGGACAAGCGCAUCGAGGCGCUGCGGCGCAAGAACCAGGCGCUCAUCCGGCGCUACCAGGAGAUCGAGGAGGACCGGCGCAAGGCCGAGAGGGAGGGCGUCGCCGUGACCGGAGCGCGGAAGUCCCGCUCGGCGGAGGCGGCCGGGCAGCCCGAGAGGCGCCGAGUGGAGCCGGAGGCCUCCAAGCUCGCGGGGCGGGUCCCGCCGGCGCACGAGGACCGGCGGGCGCUCGGGAGGAAGGCCACCGCCGCCAGGGGCGGCCGGGGAGAGCCGCAGAUCGGAGCCCGUCCCCUGCGAGCCGAGGCUGGCUGGCCAGGGCCGGGCGCGGACGGAGAGGGCGGCGGGCCGCGGGGGCGAGGCGAGCGAGGCCGGCGGCCGCGGGGCCGAGCGGACAUGGCCGGAGGCGACCGGCGCUCCCAGGAGUGGGAGGAGCGGCGGCGGCGGAACAUCGAGCAGAUGAACGAGGAGAUGGAGAAGAUCGCCGAGUACGAGCGCGGGCAGCGGGACGGGCUGCAAGAGAAGAACCCGGUCCGAAACUUCCUGGACGACCCGCGGCGCAGCGGCGCCUUCUCCGAGGCCGGCCGGCGGGAGGGUAGCCGCCGCCACGUCCGGAACUGGGGGGGCGCCGACUUUGAUAAGGUCAAGACGGCCCUGGAGCCAGACAAAGAGCCGUCCUCGCUGGGCCGGGGCAGUGGCUGGCGCAGGGGUCCUAAGACGAUCUUGGAUAUGACACUUUCCAUGACUGGCCGCGAACGGGCAGAGUACACUCGUUGGAAGCAGGAACGGGAGCAGAUUGACCGGGAUCGCUUGGCCCGGCACCGCCAGCCCACUGGGGAGUGGCGCCGAGAAUGGGACGCCGAGAAGACAGAUCCCGGGCUGAAAGAAGGCAGCGAGCCUCGAGGCUCAUUGGUUGACAAGGAGGAGCACUCCAAGCACCCUCCCAAACUGCCCACUUUUGGGGAGUUCAUGGUUGGGCAGCCUGGGGACCGGCACCUGAAGAUUCGAUGCCAUGGGCGCCCCCGAGGAAGUCCUCCCAAGUCCUACAGCAUGCACGACAACCGGUGGGAAAAGGAGGAAGCAGACCGGACGCUGCCUGCAUCUGCGGGGGAGGAUAAGGUGAAGGCUGCCUCUGUGCUGCAGACAGAGCCACAAAUAGUAGCAGUGACAGAAGAGGAUGAGGAAGAGGAUGAGUGGGAGGACGUCAGCGAGGAAGAGGAAGAAGAAGCUGAAGCUAACCGCAGCCAGGAUUCCUUGGAGGAAGAUGGGCCGCCUCUGUCUUGUUCCCCCCUGCCUCCGAGGAAGCCCAGACAACAGCCCACCCUUCGGUCUGCUUCCCUUCGAGAGGCUGCAACCACAGAGGGGGCGCCCAUGACCCCCUUGGGGCCAGCAGAGGGAUACGAGCCUGUGUCUGACUGGGGGGAAGAGAUGGAGAUGUGCUCUCCCAGGACCAGCCACAGCAGCCAAAGCCCCUUGGCUGCGGCCAGGGAGGAACUGCCUGUUGACAUUGCUGGAGUGGGUCCCCUAGUACCACUGGCAGCGCAGGGAUCCCUUCCUAUGGACCCCUCAGCAGGAGGGGCAGCUUCUGCUGCACCCAGAGUCCUGGAGGCAGAGAUAAAGAUGGAUGCAGAAAUGCCAGAGCCCAAAGAGAUGGCUUGCCAAGCGAGGUGGAAGAAGGGGGAGCACUUGGAGAUUGAGGCACCAGAGGCUACACCCUGAUGGUUCUUUUCCAGGGCUGGUUGGAAUGCAACUGGCAGCCUGCCGAGAACUUGAGCCAGACCGUCAGAGCUGUGGGUACAGUUGUGCCAUGCACAUGCGUUCUGCAUGUUUGUGCCACUCUUGAACACUCUCCAGAGUUUGGGCUGCCGUUCCCCCCCCCCCAUCACCCUUUAGUGCUCUUAACACACAAAUCAUGGACAAGUGGGACCCGCAGCUCUGCUCCCAAGCCUUCUGCAAUCUUCCUUGGAUGGGAAAAGUAGUGUCAUCUCUCCAGCCCAGUCCUUUGUGUAGGAGUGACCUGGGCCCUGGGAGAGUGUGAGGCCCUUCCUAUCAUGGACUUCUCCAUUAUUAUGUAUGAAGUAAAUAAUUUCUUGACAAUAAA